AUGCUCCAAGAUCCCUUGGCACUGAUAGGCGAUAGCGGCUCUGAGGAAGAAGAGGACGACGAUGGCCAAGGAAAUGCCAAGAGGCCACGGUUGGAGACAGGCACGGGCGGCACGGUCUCCUUCGCGGAGCUGGAGACCGCAGGCUAUCGCCCGGUGGAGCUGCUGGAGACCGACAGGUACCUGCGUGACGUGGCAGGGCAGGAGGAGCGCCGUCCUCCGACCGGAGGCAGGGAGGAGGCGGCUGCAGAGCCAGAGACGGCCCAUGAAGAAGAGCCUGUGGAGGUGGAGAUGGAGCCAGAGCUGGGGCCUUGA